AUGGUGGCACCAACCCCACCAACUGACUUCAACUACGGUGACUAUGCAGCUCGUUUAGAACAUCGUAUGCGCCAAUUGCAUAUUCAACCACCUCGCCAGCAAACACCCCUAUCCUACGUUUCCCCUCGAUUAGCCGAAAGCUCGCACGUUUUUCCCAGGGUAGGUGUUUGCGCACCAGUGCAACCCCAAUACAGCGGCCCACAUAAGGUACUGCGACGCUUAGAGAAAGCCUACUUAAUAAAGCGCAACGGUAAACGUGAGACCAUCAGUAUUGACCGGCUCAAACCUGCGCAUGUGGAGGAAACCGGCCCUUCCACCAAUGGUCCCCCACACGUAGCGCCACCCGCAACUCCCGCUCCAACAAAUCCUGCUCCCUCCACCCAGGUAAACCCCGCGACACUCUUGGAGCAGGCACCUGAUCCCGACCCACCCCAUCGGAUCACUAGUCGCGGGAGAGUCCUUAAUUUACCUGUGCGUUUUGCAUUAUAA